AUGGACGACUUUGACAGCUGCUGGCAGUUACGCUACGAGUGCCAGGACUGCGGACGGGAGUUCAACACCGAGCGCGCCAUGAUGCAGCACAAGGAUGUCAAGAACCAUCGGCCGUUCGAGUGCCACGUGUGCUACGACACGUUUUGGGACGAGGAAGAUCGUGAAGAGCACGAGCACGACGAUCAUCAUUACUGCGCCGACUGUGACCGGCAUUUCCAAAGCUUCAACAACUUGCGCAUGCACCUCAACUCGAGCCGUCACAGAGGUGGUACUAUUGCCUGUCACGAGUGCAGCAAAAAUUUCACCACGGCCACCGGCCUCGCCCACCACUUCGAGAUGAACGGCUGCCCCAACAAAACCAGCAGCCGCGAGACUAUACACCGCUACGUGCUUUCCAAAGAUCCUGACGGGCUCAUAUCUAAGCAGCUCGAGUGUGACGACUCGACGACGUAUGAGGCCACGGAGGACUCGUGGAACGGCGACGGCUACGAGUGCUAUUUCUGCGACCGCGAAUUCAACAGCCUUCACAGCCUAAACCAACAUCUUAACUCUGCAGCUCACCAGCAGGCACUGUACCACUGCCCUAACCGGCGCUGUCCUGACUUCAAGACCCUAGCAGCCAUUAUCAACCACCUGGAGAGCGAAACAUGUGGCAUCGCCCGCUUCAACGCGGUUCAGAGAGCUGUCAGUAAAAUGAUUACACGUGGCCGUCUCUUGGUCUUUUAA